UCCCAUGUGAACCAAUUUUCACAGACGUUCAGCUGAACUUCAUCAUCGAUUUUUAAAUUUUCACUAGCUUCGUAUAAAUUAUUAGUUGAUCAUAUUAGUUGUUUUUAUAUAAUGCGGUCAACAAGUUAUUUACGACACAUUUUCUGUAACCUUAUUCGAGCUAGGCCUAGUCUACAGCAUUUCUGUGACACUGGAGGGCCGAGAAUGGAUGAUGGUACUCUGUUGGUGUGGUCCAUGGUGUGGUCUAAGCAGAUGUCUAGGCCUAGACAUAUUCAAGUUCGUUUUCACGCAGAUGCUACUAGUCACUCACUGCGGCAUAAUAAUCAGUUACAAAUCAGUAUUAAAAAUUUUAACACAUCUUACUUAGGCCCCCUAGGCCAAAGCCUGAUCACUUUGCGGAUUUAUCAUAGUCCUACAUCAAUAUUUAUAAGAAGAGUGUCAAGAAAAAAUUACGACAAUUUUGAUUCCAUAAUGGAGAGAGAAUUCAAGAAAAGUCUCGACGAAAACUUAGAUUAUGAGGAUAAAAAUCCAAAAGAAAUUUUAGAGAAGAUUUCACGGGAUCAGAUUAGGAGACAGAAAGCUAUGAGGUAUAACAGGAUACGCAGGCAGUUUCCACAGACAAAGGCACCAAGACUGCUGACAUAUGACAUGAUGGAGCAGAUACGCUUCCUCUUCCAAGAGUAUCCUGAAGAUUGGGAUGUUCCCCGGUUGGCAGAGGGCUUCAGCGUCACAGAGGACACCAUCAGAAAGGUCCUGCAUAGCAAGUUUGUGCCAUCUGAAAAGAGAAUUGCAAAGAUGAAUAACAAUGCACUAAAGAAUCGCAGUCUUUUAAUAGAUGAUGCGAGGAGAGUGUUUGUUGAUACAAGCAAGUAUUUACCUGAGAGAUCUCCCAGAUUUCCAGCUGUCAAAGAACUGAAGCAGGAAUCAGCGGAGGAUGAAGUAAGGAAGCCAUCUACUAAGUAUCUUGAUGAAGGUGAAAAAGUACCAAGGAAAACAUUAAAAACUUAUAAAAAGUCUAGAGAAAAGGAUUAAUAAAUUAUAUUUAUUCAAAUUAAUGCCCCGCUUUGAAUAAACUCCUCCUCUAGACCCUCAUUUGGAAUAAUCACCUCUUUUAAAUAAACGCCCGAGGCGUUUAUUUUUUUCUGGAAUAAACGCCCCCAAAAUGACUAAACAGCAUUUAUUUGAGUACUGUAUAUACGUAUCAAUUUUACACAAAAAAAAUAAAUGCUUCCCUCAAAUAAAUGACCCCUCAAAACCCUUCUGGACAUUAAACGCCUCAGGGUGUUCAAUGGAAUAAAUACGGUAAUUAUAGUGUAUAUCACCCCAGACAUUCAUACUUCAUUUCUUUCACACCAGUUAAUAUUUACAUAAUACAAACACCAAGGAUUUUAUGAUACAUUUUCUAUUUUCUUGUUUAAAUGUAGCAACUACGUGUAUUCUGUUGGUAGUUCUAUUCAGCAUCCUUUACAUAAAUAAUUUGUGCUCAACAAUAACCUGUAACUUCCUUUACACUCAUUAAUACAUGAUUAAUGGGUUUUUUUUUUUUUGUAAAUUACAAUUUGAAGCAAGUACAUCAAAUUAUACAAUUACAAAUGUAAAUGAUAGCAAUAUUCCAAACAUUCAUCAUUUCUAUUUACAUGUAAUGGCCCUGUUCCCAUUCCAUGUGUGCAUCGUUCCAAUUAUAAAUUGUCAAAUUAUUAAGAUUUUUAAAUCAAAUCAUGGUGCUAUAUUUUUGUUAAACUGAAUGUACUGUCUGUAUGCUGUACAGUAAACAUAUUAAUGAAUAAGUAAGCUUGAUAGAUAUAUUGAAUCGGUCAGUACAAGUUGAUACUUUAUGUAUCUUGUGUAUUAUAGUCUCUCCCACUCUUUUUACAAUAAACUCUAAACCAUUUUGUUAUAACGCUAUAGUGUAAUUACCUUUAUACUGUAUAUAAAUUUUGAACAUUAAAAUCUUGCUAAACUAGGAUUCGAACACUGGACUGCUAUCUCUGCAGAUGCCUUACUUGGAUGGGCCUGUAGGUCUUUGUUGGGAAUUCAUAUCUGAUUACAACCAUUUUGAUUUUAAUAGAUAAAUCAUAAUAGUGCUCAAAUAUAACAUGCAGUAUGAUGUGAUAAUUGUAUGUUAUGAUUUAACAUUUUUUUAACUUGUUGAGAAGGGUUUUUGAGGGGGUGUUUAUUAGAGGGGGGCAUGAAUGCUUUUGGUGUAAAAUGGAUGCGUAUAUACGACCCUUUUUUUCUAUGUAAAUGUGGAACUACAAUACAUAAAUACCAUCAAAAUGAAUGAUUGCAUGAAUCCAAAAGACCUAUUAGUCCCAAAAAGGUUUAAAAUGUUAUUCUGCUAUAGCACUGUAGAACAUUUAAUAGAAUGUGUUGAGAAUGUUAUUUCCAUUAGUUUUGUUUACAGUCAUUUAAGGAGGAUGUUUAUUCAAGGAAAAAUAAACGCCCCAGCCCGGGGCAUUUAUUUGGGGGGAGGCAUUUAUUCCAAAUGAGACUCUAUAGGGGGAAUUUAUGUGAGGGGGACAUUGAUUCAAAGUGGGGCACUUAUUCAAAUUCUUUGAUAAUACUGUACAGUAUACCAUUCGCAUGUAAAUUAAACUACACAAAAUACUGCCAUGCAAUGUAAACACGAGUCACUUGUCGGACUUACUUAGCAUGAGAAUUUCUGCAUUGCCAAAUGUAUGAGUCACUUGUUGACAUUCACAGCGAUGUCUGUAAUACAGCGACAGCUAAAAAUGAUUUAAGUUUUACAUCAACUUUGACUUACGGACUAACAAUCAAUGGAAAUCAAUUUGGCAUGUAAAAUGUUGUUCGACUUUCGUUUUAUUCAACUUAAAUUUAUUCGAGUUAGAGCAAAUAUUAACCAUUGUAAAUAUAGGGAAGAUGAAGUGACAUGAAAAUAAUUUCUACUUUGACAAUUUUUGUUUGACUGUAUUCUGUAAAACCAAUAGGCUUAAUCUCGAGAAUAGACAAUUUUCACCAAGAAUGUCAAUCCCUCUGCCUCCUCGUCUAAAUUUGCUACUAUUCUUUCGUCUUAUAAUGUAUCUUCAUUAUAAGUUGGACAGAAAUUUUGUAUUAUUAGUUUACAUUCUAAGAUUGACAAAAACUCAAAUCAUCCCCUACACACUUUCUUUCCUCCACGCCGUAAUUUGUUCCAUCUCUGUUAAAAACUCCCGCCAUUCCCAAUUUCUUCCUUUUUGUGGUUGUUCAUUAAGGUUCUUGUCAUCUUUCUUUUCAAAUGCAAUUAAAAUUGCUAACAACCUUUGUUUAUUUCCUCCAAUGAUAUUAUUAAAUUAGGCAUUCUAAACCAGUAAUGUUGGGUAUAUAUUGUGUUGAUUGCAUACAUGCGUUGUUUAUGAGUGGAUAAUAAAUAGCCAUCGAUGGCUUUCGAAACAAUGA